CAAACAUAUUUAAGGACGAUGAAGAGAAACUUAUCUUUAUUCCAAAAAAUGGUUAGCCAACUAGUUCAUAAAAACAUUGAUUUUUUAAAAUUAUUAUCCAAGACAAAAUCUGAAAGAAAACGUAAAAGACUACUGAGACAUUCAAAUACAAAUCAACUCUUAGCAAUAGCAGAAAUUUGCCUUAAUAUUGUAAAGUCCAGGUUCCAUCUAACUACCCAACAAAAGAGACGUCUAUUACCCUAUUCAGAAUUUGUUCGUUGUAUGAGCAGAGUCAGAAGUGAAAGAGGAGCAAGACAUGUUAUAAAUCAAAAAGGUGGAGGUGUCGGAGUGUUUGCUGCCCUCCUUACACCUAUACUUGUUGAGGUCGCAAGAAUGAUAGGGAGCGCGUCUAUAAAAGAACCAAAUUUCAACUAA